CAACUGCGUUCAUUUCUUUAUUGUCAUUCACGAGCUGAUGCACGCCAUCGGAUUCGACCACGAACAAGAACGCCCCGACCAAAGUCGUUACAUCACCGUGAACUACAAAAACAUCAAGCCAGAGAAUCACCAGUGGUUCACGCCUAAACCGAAAGACGCAGUCAACACUAUCGGACGAUACGAUAUCAACUCGGUGAUGCAUUAUGAAGCUUAUGCCUUUGCCGUUAACAGGGCCAUCCCGACGAUGGUAGCCAAAAAUGGGAAAAAGAACAUGGGGAAUGAAAAAGGAUUUAGUACGUCGGACGUACAAAAACUCAACACGCUGUACAGCUGUUCUGGUUAAUCAAGGAGGGACUGCGCUGGAGUUUUCAACAACGAAACAGAAAAUUCUGUACAUGUGCUGUCUAAUUCCUUCCCACUGGUGAUGGCUUCUAAAGUUUCAUUUAUGUUGAGCCUUUCUACUGUUAAUAAAAGUGUCCA